CAGACCGUGAGUCGACUUUUAUGUUCAUGUGAAUGUGGGCCGCAGCAGCAACCGAUGACAGCUUAAUUCCCGAGCCGGGCCCCCCCUGCUGAGGCUCACUGUUUGUGUGAUCUGACAGACGGAGAUCAGACUGAGGAGAGAUGAGUGGGAACCCUCCGAGUAUGCUCAGGUUUCUUGGCGCUGUGAAAAGAUUUGUCCAGUCCAUUCAGAUCUGACGGAGUUUCCCAUGUUCUGUGGCGCAGCGGGUUUUUGUUGACGUAUCUUUCUCAUCUGCCGGCAAACAAGAGAUGCACAUAAGGCUGACGUUGUGUUUGUAGUUUAGGUCCUUGAUGCCACCAAAAGCUGCACGCCACGGUGUUGAACUUUUCUCUCGUCACAAACCGGAGGGGAAGAGAGGUUCCAGCCAAUUACUUUGGAAAAGGCAGGAGACAGGUAAACAGGUGUAGAGAGAGGGGAGUGAGGUGAAAUGAGCUGGAAAGAGGGGUGACCUCGGUUUAAAUGGGGUUGGGUAAUGGAGGUAUGGGGCCAACAUGAGCGACUGAUGUAAAAGGGGAGCAGGAUAAGAAGAAUCAGAGGUCUGGGGGAAAGAAGGCUGAGCUAUUUUGAUAGAGGUCAGAGCUGUCAAGGAAACAGGGGAGCGCUGUUUUUGAACAUCUAAUUUUGAGACAAGUGCUGGGUUCUUAAAGACGUACCUGAGAAAUGUGGUUGAUGAAAUGUUGACCUUGUGAAGAUGACAGUGGGCAAACCUCUCUCAGGUGCUGAAAUGACACGAAUGUGCUUCAUCUUCCUGCUGAUGAGUAACGCCGCCUCAGUCUACACGCAGUUUAAUGGAUACAACUGUGACACCAACUACCACAGCAGGUUUCCUGGUGAGCGGGACAUCAGUGUUUACUGCGGGGUCCAAACCAUCACCUUGAAGAUCAACUUCUGCCCGGUGCUCUUCUCCGGCUACACCGAUGCCGAUUUGGCCCUGAACGGUCGUCACAGCGAAGCCCAGUGUCGUGGCUUCGUCAACAACAACACCUUCCCCACGGUGGUCCUGUUCAGCAUCAGCCUCAGCACUCUGGAGGCCUGCGGGAACAGCCUGGUGGUCAGCACAGCCUAUGGGGCCAAUGCCUAUGGGAACAUGUCUCUGGUACAAAUUGGGAACGUCUCCGGCUAUAUCGAUACCCCUGACCCGCCGACUAUAAUCAGCUACCUGCCUGGUUUGUUGUAUAAAUUCAGCUGCAGCUACCCACUGGAGUACCUGGUCAAUAACUCACAGCUGGCAUCCUCCUCUGCUGCUGUAUCUGUCAAGGACAGCAACGGGACGUUUGUGAGCACGCUCAGUAUGAUCCUGUACAACGAUUCAACAUACAAUCAGCCUCUGUCUAUCCCAAUGGCAGGACUGGCUCUGAAAACUCGAGUAUUUGCUGCUGUGAAAGCCACAAAUUUAGACAAACGGUGGAACAUCUUGAUGGACUACUGUUACACAACCCCAGGGAAUCCUAAUGAUGAACUCCGCUAUGACCUUUUCUUUGGCUGCUACAAAGACCCCCAGACGACGGUUUUCGAGAAUGGAAAGAGUCAGAUGGGACGGUUUUCGUUCGAGGUUUUCCGUUUCGUCAAACACAGACACCAGAAGAUGUCCACUGUCUUUCUGCACUGCGUCACCAAGCUUUGCCGGGCAGACGACUGCAUCAUGCUCAUGCCUAUCUGUGGGCGACGGCGCAGGAGGGAUGGCGAGGAGAGCCUUGGUUCUCCGCCGGCGGCAUCCGGGAACGCCGUUAUCAGUGCCGGUCCAAUCAUCACCAGGAGCGAUGAAACUCCAGUCAACAACUCUCAACUGGCAUCUGGUGAUCCCUCCCAGACCAUGAACCCGAUGACCAGCGCCUUGAUCUCAGGUGUGGUCAUCCUGGGCGGAGUCAGCAUCGGCUUCUUCCUGCUGUCGCUCCGCCUCCUGCAGAAGUCCCGCCUACCAGCAGCUGCAGCCUCAGGUGUUUGGAACCCCGGCUUUAAAUAAUACACAUCUGUAUAAUACAGCAUCUUUGUGUAAUAUUUUGCAAAAUAUGUCACUCAGACCUUAUUUCUGGCUGCUCAAGGUUUGUGUGUGCUUUCCAAAGGAUUAAUUUUGUGUAUUGUUUUAGUUGUUAUCUAUUUAUUGCCUUCAGUACCUCAACAUCUCUUUAUUUUUGUUGGUAACUGUGUUUAGAAAAGCCUUACAUACUGCUGUGUUUAAUGAAAAUUACUUUUUUAAACUAAUUUUGUGCUUUAUUUUUUCCCCAAAGCUGUGACUGGGGGGUUAAAUUGUAAAAGAAAAAAAAAGAUAAACUAUUAUCACAAAAGAGAAGUGCAGCUGUUUUUUUCUCCUCAGAAAUUGUAGCUUUGUAGGCCCCGUCGAAAACAACAAAUCAGCAUCAUGCUGUGUUUGGCAAUAAUAGAAAAGUGGAAUUAUUACUGUGGGUUGGAAGUCAUUUUCAAAUUAUUAGCUGCAUUGUCAUGUUUAAGAAAUGUAUUUGGGAUUCAUUAUGUAGCCUAUACAAUUUCCUUUUAUUAUCUUUUGUGUCUGUGAAACGUAUAUUUAUACUUUGACAAAGAAUAUUUCACCAUUUUAGAGAUGCUGAGACUUAGAUGAGAACAUUAACAUGGUUUCAGCUGAUAAUUUCCUAUGGUGUAGCAUAUAAAAAUGAAACACGUAGCCUGGCAUUGUAUAAAAUAGUAUACUGUAAUGUAAUAGUACUUCAAAAGCUCAACAGUUAACAUAUUAGAGCUCCUUUGUUUCACCUGGGCACAAUCUCAAGAGCAAAAACAGGAUGUUAUGGUUUUAAUAGGUUUAUGACAUCAGUUAUUAAGCUUUAGAGGUGCUGAAAGGUGAAUGUUGUCAACUUUGGACCGUUUCCAUUUGUUAUGUGUUUGUCUGACACAAAAGUGCUAUUGAUCAUCUCAUAUAACUAUGCAAUUAUUCCUUCAAAUAUAAAUGUUUUUAAAAAAAAACAAAAAAACAACAAUCCUGUCCAGUCAAUCACAUAUUUUAGACAGAGAUCCCGACUGAAUAUUCAAAAGUAAAUGAAAAUGUUCAAUUCAACCUAUUUCACUGUAAUACUUACCAUGUAUGUCUGUAUAUAUGGGUAAUCUGGUAAACGUUUUUAUGAGCAGUAACUGCA